AUGCUGACCCGCCGAGGCGCGCUCCGCCAAAGGGGCAUGGAUCUCCCGAAGAUCCAGACAAACAUCGCCGCGGUCGAGGCAGUCACAACACCCGUCCACGACGUCGAUGCCGACCUGGCAGAGUUCAUACAGGUCGAUUACAGCUGCCUGGAGUUUCUGACACCAACGGGCGGCGGAUCGAGCUCAACCGCUACCCCUGAGACCAACUCGAGCGCAAGCACGCCGUACGCUGGUGACGAGGACGUGCCCUGGCCGCGGCCGAUGGACCGCGACAUCCACGGGCGGGCUGACCUCAAGCAAACGGCGCCGAAGUGGGCGAUCCAACUGCGGUGGGUGCUGAGCCUGGAUUUCGAGCAGGACUCGUCAGAGCAGCACAGGUGGGAUGAGAGCACCGCGUUGCCGUGGGGCCAGCGGCGGCCAUCGGUGGUGGACGACAGGUUUCAUUACGGGCGCAAGAUCCAGCGGGGCCGGCGCCCGUCGGAUUUCAGCUUGAUGUCUGUGGGCAUGCAGCUUCAUGAUGAUAAUGUUCCAUUUGAGCUGGUUCUGUGCUCUGAAGAGGAUAGCUUGUACAGUAAUUGA